GCUGUUUUAGCUUGAUUUUGAAGUGCACUCCUGAGUGUGGACGUCAUCAGUUUGUGGUUUUCUCUGCACAAAGAUGGCUCUGUUGUUCUCCGGGGGUCCUCUGCUGGGGUCCAGUCUGUUGGACUGUGUUUUAGAAGGCUUGGUGGGCGCCUGUGGCGUCUCAGUGCUGUGUAACCUGAUGAGAGUGGAUCUCUUUCUACAAUCAUACAGCAAGUGUCCACAGAACCCCAGCAUUACUACGAAUGUAUCACUGUCGAAGCGUCCGGCUGUGGGGCAACUGGUCAGGGUUUUCCGUUUCUGCCUGCUGACCACCCUCCUCACAGUGGUGGGGUAUAGACUGGCCAUCCUAGUAGUGUUAGAGUUCUCCCUCAGAGCACUCCUCAGAACUGUUACUGCAGGACAGUCCAGCCCUUCCCAUCUUCUCCUGGUCCAGAGUCAGUUCUCUUUGGGCUGUUCCCUGAGCUGCACUCUGCACUUCCUCCAGGAGGGGGCGCUGCGCCGGACGCUCUGCCUGUUCCUGGCCGCAGGGCUGAGUUCCCUGUUGGCCUACCUGUCUCAGCGCGUGGAGAGCCACAUGCUGGAGUUUUACCCCACACACUCACGCUGUGAGCAGCAGGGCUGUGGGGUGUGUGUGUCUCUCUCCUCCCCGCAGGUCUCUCUGCUCACUGGCCUGAGCCGAGCUGUGGGCGCGGCCUUCGUCCUCGGUGUCGUGACCUCUCUGCAUGCCCUCAACCAGCACUACAUCACUGAGGUGGAGAGCGUGAGGACCUGGAUCCCUCUGCUGCUCUGCUACACACUGCUGCUAGUCUACAUCCAGGACGGUCAGGCUCGCAGGCCCGCUGCUGAAGCUUUGUUGCGCUCUGCUCUGCUGCGUUUGGGGGCGCUGUUGGUCCUCCUGCUCAGUCUGGGUUUCUGGGUGGACAUUCUGCACCUCCUGCUGGUUCUGCUGGGGGAGCUGCUGUGUCUCACACACACACAGGACCUCCUGCACAAACACACUCCCAUCACGGUAAUAAACUACAGCGGGAGAACCCAAAACAAUCCCUGA